UUCUCGACAACUGGACGGUAGAUCGCCAAUAAUAAUUCCGGGAACAGAUUUCCGGGUGGAUGUUUUUAGCAUAUUUCCAAAAUUCCACUCUCAAAGUUGGAAUUUUCUAUUUCCAUUCCUUCGUUAAUUUAAUCUUCGUUAAUUUAAUUGAAAAACAUUAACGAAACAAUCAACCAAUAACCGGUUUCCUUCUCGUGCGAUUAUUCAAACACACGAAAACCACUCGCUCCUCCAUUGUUUUUCUCAACGAUCUUGUUUAUCGUCAUGUAGAAUUUCGACUCAGAUCUCCGACAAAGAGAGCAGUUAAAAAAAGGCUUGAACAUGAAGAAGUGCAAAGAAAAGGAAUUGAGCGAAGACGACACGAGACUACAGGAAGAAUUGCUGCGUCUCGUGGACGUACUGACGAAAACGAGCCACGAAGACAAAUCCUUUGCCAAGUCCGUCGCGCAGUUGGGAACUUUGAUAAAAACAUCGACCUCCUCGAUGACCGCCGUGCCGAAGCCCCUCAAAUACCUCAGAAAUUCUUACGACGUUUUGAAGAGCACUUACGAGAGAAUUAAGUCGAGAACCGCCGGGCUAACGAGAAGCGAAAGUUGUGACAAGAUGCUCAGAAACUUCGCGGAAAUUCUGAGCGUUUUGGCUCUUGCCGGAGCGAACACUAACUCGAGGGAAUGCCUCGAGUACCGUCUCCAAGCUUCCUCGAGAAACCCGGGCGAUUGGGGUCACGAAUACGUCCGACAACUCGAGGCCGACAUCGUCGAAGAAUUUCUCACUGCGUCGAUCGAGCGUGAAGGCGAAAUAAAAGAAAAGCUAAUGCCUCUCGUCAAGAGUAUCGUGAGUUUCGACGUCAAAGAUAACGCCGAGAUACAAGCGUGCGAUCUCUGUCUGGAGAUCGAUCAACUCGAGCUCGUCGAGCAACACUUGGACAAAACGAACUUCAACCGGAUCUGCAAUUAUCUCGCGAAUUGUGCCGGCUACAGCGAGGAGACGGAACGAGAACGUAUUUUGAAUCGAAUAGCGGUUCACUCUAUGAGAUUUGGAGAGUUCAGUAAAGCGAUUAUGAUUGGUCUUCAGCUCGAUGAUGCGACGCUGAUCGAUAAUUGUUUGACAGCUUGCACUGAUUCUGCGACGAGGAAACAACUGGCGUUCAUUUUAGCCAGGCAGAAACGUCGUCAGCCCGAGCUCUCGAAGUUCCAGAACAAAGAGAAGGAAAAGGAGUCGUUGGAAGAGAUGAAAAGCGUUGAAAUGAUUCUCAGCAAUUCCAUGAUUAAUCCACACUUUCAAACGCUAGCACGUGAACUUGAUAUUCUCGAGCCCAAACUCCCCGAGGAAAUUUACAAAUCGUGGCUCGUUACCGGAAUACCAACGAGACGACUGAUCGAACAUCACGACUCUGCGAGGGCUAAUUUGGCUGCUAGUUUCGUCUCGGCUUUCGUUCACGCUGGUUUUGGGCUUGACAGAUUGAUAUCCAAGACCGAGGAUUCUUGGGUCUAUAAGAACAAGGAUCACGGAAUGCUUUCAGCGACGGCUGCUCUCGGGCUCAUUCACAUGUGGGACGUCGAUGGUGGAUUAGUACCGAUCGAUAAAUAUCUGUACACGGGGGAGGAUUACGUUAAAUCCGGAGCUCUCCUGGCAAUCGGAAUUGUCAAUUGCGGCGUGAGAAACGAGUGUGAUCCAGCAUUUGCACUACUAUCGGAUUAUGUUUCGUCGUCGAGUCAAACUCUGCGCGUCGGAGCAGUUUUGGGUCUCGGGAUUGCGUACGCAGGCACGCAACGCCGAGAUAUCUCGGAACUUUUGAGCGGCGUUCUUCUCGACAAAGAGAGUAAUUUGGAGGUUGCUUCGCUCUGUGCAAUCUCCCUUGGGCUGAUCAACGUCGGCUCCGGAAAUCCCGAAAGUUCUACUGCCAUACUUCAAAAAUUACUGGAACUCCCAGUUCCUGAUUUGGCUAAUACUUAUGCAAGAUUCCUACCGUUGGGCCUGGGAAUAAUGUACAUGGGUCGACGCGAUGGGAUCGAAACAUUGUCCACAGCUCUCGAAGUGCUGCCGGAUCCUUACAAGCUCGCGGCUCAAACGAUGUUACAAGUGUGCUCUUACGCCGGUUCCGGUGACGUACUUAUCGUUCAAGAGCUUUUGCACAUAUGCUCUGAGCCAUCGUCGGAUGGAUUCACUUCGCCCACUCAAUCCGCCGAGACAUUAACUCAGGCUGCUUCGAGCCCGCGAAUUAUUCACGGCAGCGACAUACCUGAUAACUCGACGAAAAACGCGCGAAGCGAAUCUGCGCCGGCCGCGUCGUCAUUCGACAAGCUCCUUAAUCAGUACAAUGAAAUUGGACCCGCCCAAGCAAUAGCGUCUCUCGGUGUUUCAGUCGUGUCACUCGGCGAGGGCAAAGAAAACGCGAGAAUAUUUGGCCAGCUUGCGAGGUACGGAUCUCCUGCUUUACGUCGUGCAGUGCCACUCGCCACGGCUUUGUCCUCCUUGUCCAAUCCAGAAGGAUCCCUCGUCGAUAUAUUGAACAAAUACAGCCACGAUAAUGAUCCCGACGUUGUACACAACGCCAUUUUGGCUCUCGGCCUCGUUGGCGCUGGCACGAACAACGCUCGACUCGCCACCAUGCUUCGUCACUUGGCCAUUUAUCACGCCAAAGAUCCGGCAAAUUUGUUCCUCGUCAGGAUUUCCGAGGGUCUCGUUCAUCUCGGAAAGGGUACGCUGUCAUUGUGUCCAUUGCGUUACGACACAAAAGUCCUCGAUUACACAUCUCUGGCAGCAUUGAUGGUGGUGUUAGUCGCGUGUCUCGACUGCAAAAACUUGAUUCUUGGAAAAUCGCAUUACCUUCUCUACUGUUUGGCUAUCGCGAUGGAACCGCGAUGGUUGGUCACCCUCGACACAAAUCUUCAGGCUUUGCCAGUGUCGGUACGAGUCGGUGAAGCUGUCGACGUUGUCGGAAAGGUGGGAAAUCCAAAAGUAAUAAAAGCUGGUCACGUGCACACGACACCUUUGUUGCUCGGGGUUGGAGAAAGAGCAGAGUUGGUGGACGAUCGUUACGAGCCAUUGACGAACGUUCUCGAAGGUUUCGUGGUGCUGCGUGAAAGAGUACAAGAAUCGACGGAUUGAG